AUGACUGAGCGCUCCCUUACUUCUGGACGAGCAACAAAGGAAAUCGGAACGGCGCUCACUAGGGUUUGUCUCCGUCAUCGCGCCAUAGAGUCCAGGAUGAAAACAUUCAUAAGCACGCUGAUGGAGCGUUUGAUCUCGCCGCUGUCCGAGCGCGCGGACGAGUGGCGGAGGGGGUGCGCGGGGGGCGCCGGCGCCCUCGGCAGGGAGCACGCCAGGGAGUGCAAGAGGGCGCGCGCCGAGCUCAGGCGCAGGGUGCAAGAGGCGCAGCGCCACGCGAGGAAAGCUAGGAGGGCCGCUCCUGACGCCAAAAGGCGCGCCGAUGUAUGCAUGCAGGACGUUCAGGAACGUAAGCAACAGCUGGAAGAGAUGGAAGAGAAAGCAGUCAAAGCGGCGCUAAUCGAAGAACGCAGCCGCUUUUGCCACUUCGUCACAUUGCUGAAUCCCGUCGUGGAAAGCGAAGUGGCGAUGCUUGCCGAGGUUGGACACUUGCAAGAGGGCACUGAUCAGUUGACGCGGCACACGUCUGAACCCAGGACUUUGCCUGCUGCCAGUCUCCAGGUAAUCUGCGACGUGAAGGCCUGCUACAGCGGCUGGGCGGAGAGCGACUCCGCCCCCCACUCCCCCUCCGCCUCGUCCCGCCUAGGCAGCCGCAAGUCCUCCCUUACGUCCAUUUCUUCGCUGAACAGCCAGUGCUCCGACCAGCAACACGGUGUUUCUGGAUCGACCGUGAGUUGUUCGACGCCAAUAUCGAAUUCCUCCGGAGGUACAUUACCGGUUUCCGGUGCAGAAUCUCAACGCUGCAUGUCGCAGUCGGCCGUCCGCCUGUCGAGCGUGUGCAGCACCGACUCCGGUUUCCGCUCGCAGGACGCCCUGCAAAGGCUCUCGCUCUACGCUCGCAGUGGUUCCGACAACCAGAGCAUUAGCAGCGAUUGCAUGGCCCCGUCGAAGGGAGCCGUUGACGACGAGAAUGCAGACGACAGCCUUGACGCCGUCGCCAACGCGGCGUCGGCGACCUGGCCAGAUCUGAAAGACACCGCUCAGUUUGAGCGCGCCGCCUCCGCCAUUAUGAGCGGCCGACCACACACAAUAUCGUCGGCGGACCGUGUCCACCCACGGCCGGCUCUGAGCGUGCACACGUUCACUUCCGAGGCGUUCGGCACAUUGUCGCGAGAGGGCGGUAUAUACGCGAGGCCCCCAUUGCCCACCAGAUGCUCCUCCCUGGAGCGGCCCUCAGUCCCCGCCAAGUGCAACGCCAACACCGGCCAGCACGAGUUCAAGCCCACGAAGCCAUCCUCUCUGCCGCCGCACCUCACCAAAGAGAUGCCGCAGGCGCUGUACGUGAACAUGUCCGAGCUGGCGACCCUUGCGGCAUCCAGGGCCCAGCAGCAACAACAACAACAACAACAGCAACAACAACAACAGCAGCAACAACAACAGCAACAGCAGCAACCGAACUCGGAAUUCCCGCAGCAGGAGAAGGUGAGUCCGGCUAGUGUGCAUACACCCUUAGGCAGGGGUGGCCAACUCUUAAUA